CACGUUUUCCCGUCAGGAUUUACGUCGCUUCCGGGAGACGCGUUGGCAAUUUCCUAAACACAGCUCAGUCACUAAUAUAUCCGAGGCCAGAGCAGGGGAGAGGUGUGUGUUGGAUAUAACACCAGCUGGAAGGCGACCCCCUGAAACAGAAGAUAGCUGGACACCGAUUUGACAUGAGCAGGGUGCCCUGACAUGGACAAAGAGAUGAUUCCCAAAUUUACGUCAAAGGAUGAGGAAGUUGAUUACUGGAAGUCCCAAGCCCUCAAAUAUAAGAAAAGUUGCUACGAUGCCCAGGAGGAGCUGCAGGAGUUCCAGGAGGGGAGCCGGGAGCUGGAGGCCGAGCUGGAGGCGCAGCUGAGUCAGGCCGAAUACCGCCUUCGAGACCUCCAGAUUGAAAAUGAGAGACUGAAGAACGAGGUGGUCAACCUCAAGGAGAAGCUGGAGCAUCAGCAUGCCCAGAGUUAUAAGCAGGUUUCUAUGCUGGAGGACGACCUGGGCCAGACACGCAGCAUCAAAGAUCAGCUCAACAAAUACGUCCGAGAACUGGAGCAGGCCAACGACGACCUGGAGAGAGCCAAGAGGGCAACGAUUGUUUCUCUCGAGGACUUCGAGGGCCGUCUAAACCAGGCCAUUGAGAGAAAUGCCUUCCUGGAAAGUGAGCUGGACGAGAAGGAGACUCUCCUCGAGUCGGUCCAGCGGCUGAAAGACGAAGCACGAGACCUGAGACAGGAGCUGGCGGUACGGGAGCGGACCACCGACAGGAUGUCAGCACCCAGCUCCCCCACCUCUGACAUCGACAAGAUGGACUCUGCAGUUCAGGCCUCUUUAUCCCUCCCAGCCACACCCGUAGGAAAGAGCAUAGAGCACCCCUUCAUCACGCAAAAAGCACUGUCCAACGGCUGCAACGGCAACUCGUCCCUCACUCCUUCUGCUCGAAUCUCUGCUCUUAAUAUUGUUGGCGACCUUUUGAGGAAGGUUGGGGCUCUGGAGUCCAAAAUCGCCGCCUGCAGGAACUUUGCCAAAGACCAAGCAGCUAGAAAAAAUUAUUCCACAGACAACGGCAAACUCAUCAACAGCAAUGCCACAAAGUUCUCACACUCUCUUCACACGACCUACUUUGAGAAAACGACUGUAAACGGGUUGGACCCCAGCUCCUUGACCUCCAUCACCACAUCCAGAGCCGUGUCUCCACCAGCUCUGCUGCCUCUGAGUGUGUGAGGCGACCCCACACCACCUGAACCUCUACUGUCACUGUGGGAACCCAGAGGACACUUGAAUGACCUUUACAUUGUGUGCUAGGUGUGUGUAUGCGAGAGAAAGAGUUUGAAAGGAAACCGAUGCCGCGUGUGUUUGCCUGUUUGGGAUUGUGCAUUUUUUGACGUGUGGAAGAGAGGCUGGACUUCACAAUGAACUUGCCUCCAGUUUGCAGCUCUGAAUGCAUCUGUGAGUAGGUGCACAGUCGUGUGUGCACACGUUCCUACCACACACUUGCAUGUGCCUAAAGCUGUGCUUUACUGUGCUUGUAUGAAUGUCGUUACAAAUGUGUUGCUUUCUAGACGUCAACUCUGAAGUGGCACCGUUAUAUUCUUAGUUCCACUGUUCUUCUGAAACCUUGACAAACGGUCUCCACCAGACCAAAGCUUCCUCUUGACCUUUUUUCCUCCUGUAUUUUCACUCAAAAUUGCACAGUUAAGCUACUUUCAAUUUAGAAUGUAUUAUAUUUAAAAAGGGAUGUGUUCAUAUUAACUAAUUUAUCUCACAGUAUGCUUUAAAAUGCAAUAUUUUCUUGCAUGUGUGCAUUUGUAAUGUGGUGUCUGAGAGGUGUGGUCGGACCCCAUAUUCACGACUGAAGUGAAUGUUGAUCGUUCAAAGCCAUGUAGCCAUAGUGCAGUUGUUCCUCUUGUUACCGGCUACUUCCUGUGAUUAACCUGGAAGUAGUCGCCAUGUUGAAGCUUGGAGAAAGCUUAAACAAACUGCUCCUCAAAUGUUUCGCUGCAGUCGAGUGUUUUUUCCUCUGUGGACAUCUGUUGAAAUUUCAAGGGAACAGUUUUGCCUUUUUUAUGUUUUAUGUACACAUUUCUUUUUUUUUUUUAAUCUUGUGACAGGCUCAUUUACCUCGUUCUGAUAUAAGGGAAAUUAUCCAGUAGGUGAAUUUGGCUCCAUAAAACUUAAACAAAGGAUACUCAUUUCAUUUUGGCUGGUGUAUGAUUUAUGGUCUAUUGUGGCCUUUGUGUCAUGCAGCAUAUGUAAUGAUUCUCUGUUAACUUGUGACCUAAAUGUUUCUUUGACUUUGUCUUGGAUUUUAAGCAGGUUGGAUUUGGCAAAUCAUUUUACAUGCCAAAACACAUUUCUCCUGAUAUCCCUUUCAUAAGUCUUUGGGUCUCAAUCUUGAAUAAUAAUUUAAAGUUCAGUAUUUGUUUUAUUUAAUAAUAUAAUAUGUCAUUUUGGGCACUCGAUGAGCCUGUUACUAACGUGUGUUCUUCAGUCAGUGUAUAUACUGUAGCUUGUAUGGAUGGUAAUUUGUACAUACUGACAUUUGGCAUUAAAAGCCCUAUUUAUUUCAGAUUCUGUAUGGCAUGUUCAGCUAAUGAAUGGUUAAAGCCAUUGUUCUAUGAUAUCAGAUUGUCAAAAUUGUUUAAGUAAAUAAAGAUUGAGAUGAAAAAUAA